AAAGAUGAUCUCUACAAAUAACAUACAGAGGAAUUAGUUCACUUGUAGAAUAUUCUAGAAAGAAAAACAAACUAUUUAUUUUGUGAUUGCCAAGCUUACUGCUGAACUGAAGUGGUUUUUAUUGUGGCUUUUUAAUUCCAACUGAAGGUCUGUUUCAUUUUAAUUCUGUUUAACAUUUUUUCCCCCUUUCGUUGUAUAAAUGAUCAAAUACAGAAACGUUACAAAUGUGAAAGAGUUUAUGAUCGUUGGCUUCCCUGGACUUCCACCAGAGUACUAUGGCAUAGUAUCGUUUGUUCUCUUACUUGUUUUUAUUGCUAUUGUAUUUGGAAAUGUUUUUAUUCUAGCUGUCAUCAUUUGUGAGCGGACUCUCCACAAGCCAACGUACAUGAUCUUUUUAAACCUUGCAAUGACAGACCUGUUAUUUGGCAUUGUAACACUCCCAAAAAUCAUCGCCAGAUAUUGGUGGAAUGAUAUGAUGUGCUCGUUUGGAGUUUGCUUUGCACAGAUGUAUUUUGUUCACUCUCUGGGAGCGAUUCACUCGUUAAUUUUGCUGAUGAUGGCUUUGGAUCGCUUUGUUGCUGUUUGUUUUCCAUUCAAAUAUCCAGUUUUAUUUACAAACAAAAACAUUUCUAUUUGUUGCAGCUUGUGCUGGUUUCUGACUUUUAUACGGAUUAUGGGACUUGUGCUACAUGCCCUGACGUUGCCCUACUGUGACCUUAAUACCAUCAUGCAGUGCUACUGUGAUCAUAAUUCCAUCACCAAGCUGGGAUGUGGGGAUGAUGUUGCAUAUGUGAAAAUGGUUGCAUUUGCAAAUGCUAUGAUCACUCUCUUAGUUCCUUUAACAUUUAUAAUUAUUUCUUACUCUUCUAUCAUUAUGGCUGUUGUGAAAAUGUCUGCCUCUGGGAGGGAUUACAAAUUCCUGUCCACAUGUGCCCCUCAACUCUUCAUUACCUGUCUAUAUUACAUGCCAAGAUGUAUUGUAUAUAUCACUGAUAAUUUGGGAAUCAAAUUUAGUCUUGAUGCUCGUAUUAUUAUAACAAUGUUGUACAGCCUCAUACCUGCAGCCGUCAACCCUGUGAUAUACUGCUUGAAAACUAUGGAAAUCAAGAAAGCUUUGACCCAGAGAUUCAGUAAUAGGAAAAUAAAUCUUGCAUUUCAAAAUGAGACCAAACUUGUGAUGAGUAAACACAUAUAG